UCUGUGUCGCUGUGGAGAGGAAAAGAGAGAAGACGUUUGUUCUUGGAGCUACUUGAGGAAAACAGGAAAAUAGCUUCUGCUGCUGCUGCUGCUGGAUGUUAACAUGCAGCGCUGCACAUCUUAAAUAAAACACACACACACAGACACACACACACACAGACACACACACACACACACACACACUCACUCUGCUGCAGCCAUGCCAGGAGUACCUGCUGAAUAUCUGCUGCUGCAUGGGACGUGAUGGAUGCUGUCUCUACUGAUGGAAAAUGACUCCAGUGUCAGCGACGGAGGAUAAUAAUGAUGGAAGACAGAGUGAUUCGUCCCCAGCCGGAGCCACAACAUUCCUCCACCGCCCCUCUGCAGCGCAGCCCUGUUCCCUGAAGGAUACAUCGACCUUGACAUAUCACAGCGUGCAUGACAACCUGGCACAGACCAAACUGAAAGGUUGCCUCUCUCUUCCAAGAGCUGGAAGACAACAGGGCCGAGGCUUUGGGGACCAGGCGUCAGCACAAAUCCACUCUGUCUUGCUGCAGUGACAAAUGAGCUUUUAUCUGUAAAGUAAACUGUGCUAACAGCUGACUCCAUAAGGGCCAAUUACUGGCUGAAGGGAAUACUGGGCCAAGAUGAAGGAGACAGCAGUUGUAGCUUGUUUGCUGGCUGAACUGUCUUUGGCUGCUUUUGUUUUGGCCUCUGAGGGGGCCGCUCAUUGCCCUGCGUUGUGUCGAUGUGAGAUACGACCCUGGUUCUCACCCAGCUCCGUUUAUACAGAGGCUGCCACCGUGGACUGUAAUGACCUGGGUCUGUCAGCACUGCCGGAGAGACUCCCCUCAGACACACAGGUUCUGCUGCUACAGACAAACAACAUUGUUAAUGUUCAGAAAACUUUGGAUUACUUGGCCAACAUCACAGAAAUCGACUUGUCUCAGAAUAACAUCUCCUCGGUGAGCGAUGUUUGUCUGGGGUUUCUCCCCCAGCUGCUGUCACUCCACAUGGAGGAGAACUGGAUUCAGGAGCUUUCUGACAGCUGCCUCGUUUCUCUGCCAAACCUCCAGGAGUUCUACAUCAACCACAACCUCAUUUUCUCCAUUAGCCCCGGAGCCUUCCACGGGCUGCGCAGGCUGCUGAGGCUCCAUCUUAACUCCAAUCGACUGACAAGUAUCAACAGCCAGUGGUUCCAGCAACUUCCCAACUUGGAGAUAUUGAUGCUGGGAGAAAACCCCAUUCUUCAGCUGUCAGAUAUGAACUUUAAACCUCUGGCAAACCUCAGAAGCCUCGUGCUUGCCAGGAUGAAUUUGACCGAAAUCCCUGACAAUACUUUAGUUGGUCUUGACAACCUGGAAAGCAUCUCGUUUUUCGACAACCUGCUAAGUCGAGUUCCCCGAGCAGCGCUGACGAAAGUCCAAAACCUCAAGUUUCUGGAUUUGAAUAAAAACCCCAUUGAGAGGAUCAAGAAAGGUGACUUCAUGGACAUGAUGCAUCUCAAAGAGCUUGGCAUCAACAGCAUGCCUGAGCUCAUAUCCAUCGACAGUUUUGCCCUGAACAACCUGCCUGAGCUGACUAAAAUUGAGGCUACCAACAAUCCCAGGUUAUCCUACAUCCACCCGAAAGCUUUCCACAAGCUCCCCAGGCUGGAGACACUGAUGCUCAACAGCAACUCUCUGAGCGCGCUCCACUGCAGCACCGUGGAGUCGCUGCCCAACCUGCGAGAGGUCAGUCUGCACAGCAACCCCAUCCGCUGUGACUGCAUCAUCCGCUGGGUCAACAUGAACAGGACGGCUGUUCGCUUCAUGGAACCAGACUCCUUGUUCUGCGUGGAGCCUCCCGAGUACCAAGGCCAGCACGUCAGACAGGUGCACUUCAGGGAGAUGACAGAGAUCUGCCUUCCUCUGAUCUCACCUGGGAGCCUCCCAGGUCGGGUCGAGGUCGCUAAAGGGCGCUCGGUGUCGCUUCACUGCCGGGCGUAUGGAGAACCAGAACCUGAGAUCUACUGGGUGACGCCGUCAGGUGACCAGGUCUUGCAUGGCAGUGUCUACGAUAAGUACUACAUGCAUCCCGAGGGAACUUUGGACAUCUACGAUGCCUCAGAGCAGGAAGCCGGCUCAUAUACCUGCAUUGCCCAUAAUCUGGUCGGGGCAGACCUUAAGUCUGUGUCGGUUGUGGUGGACGGAUAUAUUGCCCUGUCUUCAACGCAACCAUUACACGUAUUAAUCACAUCUGUCCAGUCUCAUACUGUGAUGGUUUCCUGGGAAAGCACAGGUGCUUUGGUAUCACAACUAAACUGGUCCAUUGUAUCCGAGGACAGCAGCCUCUUGAUGCCAUUCACAGCCCGGCUUCCAGCUGGAGUCAAAGGGUACCACAUCAAGCAGCUGAAGCCAUCCACUCGCUACCAGGUCUGCGUAGAGGUCACGGCUGCACAGCCUGGAAACAGCAGGGACUGUGUUAAUGUGACCACAAAGGAGGCAGCCGUCCUGAGGGAGACAACUAAGAACUGGGACAGUCUGGUGAUGGCUUCCUGUGCCGUGCUCUUUAUCGUGGUUGCCGUGGCUUGCUCUGUCAUGUAUACAUCUCUGUACAGCCAAGUGUUUUACAGGAAACUGAUAGCAGACCCGGCUGAAACGCUGCUGAUCGCCAGCACUCCUUCCUCCUCCUCCUCUUCAUCCUCCCUUCUGGAGUUUGGUCUGUAUGGGGUGAAGGUGAGGGCAACUGUAAUAGACUUACCGGACGACUCCAUGUAAGAAGCGUCCUCGUCUGUAAAAGCUCUUUGGGAUAAUGUGAAGACAAAGAGUGACGGACACUGGACAAAGUGAUUUAUGUCUCCUCUUUUUAUGACCUUCCCACUGGAACUCAUAAACAAAUUCGCAUUCACAUAACCGGCUAAAAGCAGAGACUAUUUUGUAUUGCAAACUUGUGUCAUUAUAACAAGCUUAUUCAGGCAGAUAUCUUGACUAUAAUCUACAUGGCUAUCGGUCAUUCACGCAGUGCAACAGAGUAAAGCACAGCACAGAACUAUUCUGUCUUAAAUACCUUGUGGAGACGGCUUGAUGUCUGCAAAACCUUUUCUUUGCUGUGUUACAUUAAACGGUGCCAAGUGAAGACAGUUUAUAAUGGCAGAAAAAAAACUUGUUAGUCUAGUGUACAUUAAAACUGACUAUAAUGUAAACAGUUUUAUGAACAAAUACAUUUUUCAUUAAACCUGUGGGUGUCUUAUAACUACAAUCUUUUCGUGUUAAAUUUGGACACUUAACGCACAAAAAAAACGUGUCUCUGGAAAUAUUUCUGUGGUCACAAAGACAAACUGUUGUCUAUGAAAUGAAUAUGGAUGUGGCUCAUAAA